UGCAGUGUACAUGAAACAGAUAGGGAAUAUGAUCGGGAUAAGUCUUAAAUCGUAUGAAACAGUCUCUUUACAAUGUAUCACAUCAGAGGUGGUACGGUGUACUGCCAUGUUCUUACAGUGUAGAAUUAAUCAAAAUGAAACCCGGAAUAAGGUUUUCUAUAUGAAAAAAGUAACUACAUUGCUAAAACAGUCGUGUAGGUUUGGUUGUUUAUCUGACAUUCUGUAUCUUGCUUUGUACUUCUACAAAACACGUAGAUACGAAGAUUCACUCAGUUGUUUACACAAAACGCAGGAGAGGAUGUCAUUACCGUUUGUUAUGUAUAAUUAUCAUGUUAAUGUAGAAAUGUACAGACACUACAUGGAAAGGAAUACACUGUGUACUAAGAUGAAGAGAGCUGAAGUGAAAGAUAUCAUGCUUCUUUGUGAGUAUAGUUACAUUGAUGAACUAGUGUUAGAGCAGAUGAUCAGUGAGAAGAAUAGCUGUCCUUCAUUAUUUAUCCCACCUCUAGUGAUGUUACACAUGUUGUUAAUACUGAAUCACCACAGACUGGGUAACACAGUCAGGUCACAACAAUCUCUACAGGAUCUACAGACUCUGCUGCUCUAUCAUGACGGGACUCAUGUACCUCAUCUCCCCAGAGAUAUCUCUUGGCAAAUACUGGGAAUCUGUCAACAAAUCUGUGGAGACUAUUCGGGAUCUCUCCGGUCUUAUCAAAACUCCUUACAACAAAAAUCAUUGCACAAACUUCAGAAAGCAACAUUGUUCAGAAUAAACUCUCUUCCACGUGAUUUGACAUUUUAGGAAGAAGUGAAUCUUUUAAAAAAUAUUAUAGGACACUGUUUAGUAUGCUUUAUUCAUGUAUAUACCGUUUUCAGUUGGGUUUAUUCAUGUAUACACCGUUUUCAGUUGGGUUUAUUCGUGAUACG